GCAGGCCUCGUGAAGCUGGGCAUUCACUGUGUCACGUGCCAGAAGGUGGCCAUCAAAAUCGUCAACCGGGAGAAGCUCAGCGAGUCCGUGCUGAUGAAGGUGGAGCGGGAGAUUGCGAUCCUGAAGCUCAUCGAACACCCUCACGUCCUAAAGCUGCAUGACGUUUAUGAAAACAAAAAAUAUUUAUAUCUGGUGCUAGAACAUGUGUCUGGAGGCGAGCUCUUCGACUACCUGGUCAAGAAGGGGAGGCUGACCCCCAAAGAAGCCCGCAAGUUCUUCCGGCAGAUCAUCUCCGCGCUGGACUUCUGCCACAGCCACUCCAUAUGCCACAGGGAUCUGAAGCCGGAGAACCUGCUGCUGGAUGAGAAGAACAACAUCCGCGUCGCAGACUUCGGCAUGGCGUCUCUGCAGGUGGGGGACAGCCUGCUGGAGACCAGCUGCGGGUCCCCCCACUACGCCUGCCCUGAGGUGAUCCGGGGGGAAAAGUAUGACGGCCGCAAGGCGGACGUGUGGAGCUGCGGUGUGAUCCUAUUCGCCUUGCUGGUGGGGGCGCUGCCCUUCGACGACGACAACCUGCGGCAGCUGCUGGAGAAGGUGAAGCGGGGCGUGUUCCACAUGCCGCACUUCAUCCCGCCCGACUGCCAGAGCCUGCUGCGCGGCAUGAUCGAGGUGGACGCCGCGCGCCGCCUCACGCUAGAGCACAUUCAGAAACACACAUGGUAUAUAGGGGGCAAGAAUGAGCCGGAGCCAGAGCAGCCCAUCCCCCGCAAGGUGCAGAUCCGCUCGCUGCCCAGCCUGGAGGACAUCGACCCCGACGUGCUGGACAGCAUGCACUCGCUGGGCUGCUUCCGCGACCGCAACAAGCUGCUGCAGGACCUGCUGUCUGAGGAGGAGAACCAGGAGAAGAUGAUCUACUUCCUCCUCCUGGACCGGAAGGAGCGGUACCCGAGCCACGAGGACGAGGACCUGCCCCCCCGGAACGAAAUAGACCCUCCCCGGAAGCGCGUGGACUCCCCGAUGCUGAACCGGCACGGCAAGCGACGGCCCGAGCGUAAGUCCAUGGAGGUGCUCAGCGUGACGGACGGCGGCUCCCCGGUGCCCGCGCGGAGGGCCAUCGAGAUGGCUCAGCACGGCCAGAGGUCUAGGUCCAUCAGUGGCGCCUCCUCAGGCCUCUCCACCAGCCCGCUCAGCAGCCCCCGGGUGACCCCUCACCCCUCUCCAAGGGGCAGUCCCCUCCCCACCCCCAAGGGGACGCCCGUGCACACGCCCAAGGAGAGCCCGGCCGGCACGCCCAACCCCACGCCGCCGUCCAGCCCCAGCGUUGGAGGGGUUCCCUGGCGGACGCGGCUCAACUCCAUCAAGAACAGCUUCCUGGGGUCACCCCGUUUCCACCGCCGGAAACUGCAAGUUCCGACGCCAGAGGAGAUGUCCAACCUGACCCCGGAGUCGUCCCCAGAGCUUGCCAAGAAGUCCUGGUUCGGGAACUUCAUCAACCUGGAAAAGGAGGAGCAGAUCUUCGUGGUCAUCAAGGACAAGCCGCUGAGCUCCAUCAAAGCAGACAUCGUCCACGCCUUCCUGUCGAUCCCCAGCCUCAGCCACAGCGUCAUCUCCCAGACGAGCUUCCGGGCUGAGUACAAGGCGACGGGGGGCCCGGCGGUGUUCCAGAAGCCGGUCAAGUUCCAGGUGGACAUCACGUACACCGAGGGCGGGGCGGCGCAGAAGGAGAAUGGCAUCUACUCCGUCACGUUCACGCUUCUGUCAGGCCCAAGCCGCCGCUUCAAGAGGGUCGUAGAGACCAUCCAGACACAGCUGCUGAGCACACACGACCAGCCCUCCACCCAGCACCUGUCAGACACCACUAACUGUAUGGAAAUGAUGACGGGGAGGCUUUCCAAAUGUGACGAGAAGAACGGGCAGGCGGCCCAGGCCCCCAGCACGCCCGCCAAGCGGAGUGCCCACGGCCCACUCGGUGACUCCGCGGCCGCUGGCCCUGGCCCUGGAGGGGACGCCGAGUACCCAACGGGCAAGGACACGGCCAAGAUGGGGCCGCCCGCCGCCCGCCGCGAGCAGCCUUAGACACAUAGCCCCUCCCCCAGCACGGCCCUGACAGUGGCCACCAAGGCCGCCUCGCCGCCCGCCUGCCCGCCACCCGCCCUGCGUGGACCAGGGCCGCGCCCGUCUGUCCAUCUAGACUGUUGUGAAGCCAGGGAGGGAAGGAGAGGGGGCACUGUGCAGCUGGGCCUGCCCGUGCCCGCUCUCUCCUUCUCUCGCUGUCUGUCUCUUUGCCUCUCUCUCACAACGUCACUGUUUCCACUCUGAUACCAGGAAUUAUCCCGAAAAGUUAACAUGUCACCUCCACGAGGCCAUCCUCUGUGCUCCACGCUGGACACGAGCUGACUGAAGGCAGCUGCUGUGGACCUGCCCUCUUCUUCUGCUGCUGCCCACCAGGCGGCGAGGCCUGCCCACCCACCCGCUGCCUCGGUCCACCUGCCCGCGGGAGGCUCUGCCCGGUUUCCGCUCCACAUGGCCAUGGGGAGGAGGACCUGGCUCCGAGGGGAAGCCGUCUCCAGCCCAGCCGAUGGGACUCGCAGUGACCUUGGCGGGUCUAGCCUGCUCAGGCCACCUCCAGGGCGCAGCCUGCGGUGGGCGAAGCAGCCGUAACGGCCCAGCCGGCCUGCCCGCAGCCUCUCUUCAGCACCCUCCUCCCUGCCGCACCCUCCCCUCGUCCAGGCAUCUCGGCGCCACCGCCGUUAGUUCGCAUCCCAGUCCUCCACGACCUGCAGGGCUGCAGCGCGCUCUUGGCUCUGGCGUCCCUCCUGGCUGAGGUGGAAAGAGACCCCAGAGGCACCAGAGCCACCCGCCUGCCCACCCGCCCCGAGACUGGCCGACAUCAGUGUUAUUUAUUUGCCGUUUUAACUUAUUUUCUUUACUUCUCUGUUCAGGGAAGGGGCAGCAGCAGCAUCCUCCUGCCGUCUGUCUGUGUGUGUGUGUGUCUGUGUGUGUGUCUCGGGCAGGGUGGGGUCUGGGGCUGAGGGGCCAAGGACGGAGCUGUCGGAGCGCCGGGGGGCAGGCCGGUGGGUGCAGCGCCGGCAACUACUGUAAACUUUAAAGAAUUCCUGCAAGAUAUUUUUAUAAACUUUGUUUUCUUGGUUGUUUUUGGAAAAGGGUGUGGGAGCCGCCGGGCAGGGCUAGGCUUCGUGUUCCGGUCUUUGCUCUGGUUCUUUCUACAGACACACACACAUAUAUUUACA